AUGAGGGGAAAUCGACUGCCCAAUCCAGUCUUGAUUCUACUUUUCCUGCUUAUUCCCAGAGAUGCUUCAGCUACUUCAAAACCGCAGUAUCUGGUGCUGGUCCCAUCAAGUCUGUACGUUGGAGUUCCUGAAAAGGCCUGUAUCUUGCUUAAUCACCUGAAUGAGACAGUGACACUUAAUGUAAUUCUGGAGUAUGGAACGCACAACAAGUCCCUCCUCACAGACCUGGUGACAGAGAAGGACUCCUUCUACUGUAGCCCCUUCAUUAUUCCAGAGUUGCCAUCUUCCUCAGCGUUCAUUAUUGUGCAGGUGAAAGGGCCAACCCAAGAGUUCAUAAAGAGGAAGCCAAUACACAUAGAAAAAGUAGAGAGCCUAGUCUUUGUCCUAACAGACAAACCCAUCUACAAACCAGGGCAAACAGUGAGAUUCCGCAUUGUCUCCGUGGAUGUCAAUUUUCACCCCUUGAAUGAAACGUUCUCAGUGAUUUAUAUUGAGAAUCCCAAGAGGAAUCGAAUUUUCCAAUGGCAACAGUUCAGAUUGCAAGAGGGACUCAGCCAGCUCUCUUUCCCACUCUCAGUGGAGCCCAGUCUGGGUCUCUACAAGGUCAAGUUGGAGAAAGAGUCGGGGGAAAAAAUAGAACAUUCCUUUGAGGUGAAUGAAUAUGUUUUGCCCAAAUUUGAGGUCCAAGUGAAAAUGCCCAAGAUUAUUGGUUUUCUUGAUGAAGCAUUUGUAGUAUCCGUAUGUGGCCUAUACACAUAUGGGAAGCCUGUCUCUGGUCUAGUGACAAUUAAUGUAUGCAGAAAAUAUGCACAACAUCGUUUCGCCUGUCAUGGAAGACAUUCACAAAAUAUCUGUGAAGAAUUCAGUCAACAGGCAGACAACAAAGGCUGUUUCACACAACUCAUAAAGACUAAAUUAUUUCACCUGACACAAAGAGGGUAUGAAAUGGCAAUAAAAGUGGAAGCCAAGAUCAGAGAGGAGGGAACAGGGUUGGAAUUAACUGGCUAUGGAUCAUGUGAAAUCACAAAUAUCUUAAGCAAAAUAAAAUUUACAAAAGUGGAUUCACAUUAUAGACGCGGACUCCCUUUCUAUGGACAGGUUAUUCUAGUUGAUGAGAAGGAUCAGCCAAUUCCCAAUAAAACUCUAUAUGUCAAUGUGAAUCCAAGUGCAUAUCAUUCCAACUUAACUACUAACGAGCACGGUUUGGCAAACAUUUCCAUUGAUACCACCAACCUUAUAUCUUCUUUUAUUACAGUUACGGUCACUUACAAACAGAAUACCCACUGUUUUGAUAAUUUGUGGCUUCAAGAAUUUCAUACACAAGCACAGCACACUGCAAGACACGUUUUCUCCCCAAGCAAGAGUUAUGUUCACCUUGAACUUUUUCCUGAUACCAUAGCCUGUGGAAAAACCCAAGAGAUCUCGGCAUACUACAUCCUGAAUGGACAGAUUCUGAAGGAUGAAAAAGAGUUAACCUUCUAUUAUUUGAUCAAAGCAAAAGGAAGCAUCUCCCAGUCAGGAAUCCAUGUGUUGUCCAUUGAAUCGGGAAACAUGAAAGGGGUAUUUUCCUUCUCCAUUCGAGUGGAAUCAGACAUUGCUCCUACUGCCCAGUUGUUUGUUUACACUAUUUUACCUAAUGGAGAAAUUGUCGCAGAUACUGAGAAACUCAAUAUUGAAAACUGUUUUGUCAAUAAGGUAAAUCUGAGCUUCGCCUCAGUCCAGAGCCUGCCAGCUUCAGACACCAACCUGAAGGUCACAGCCACCCCUCACUCCCUCUGUGCCCUUCGUGCAGUAGACCAGAGUGUACUGCUAAUGAAGCCUGAAGCUGAGCUCUCACCUCAAUCGAUCUAUAAUUUGUUACCAGUAAAGAAUGUCUUUAGUGCUAGAUAUGGAGGUUUCAUGAAUGAAGAUAGUGGAAAAUGCAUAAAUGCAGAAGACAUAACUUACAACGGAAUCAUUUACACACCAAAGCAGAUCAUGGAUGAUGAUGAUGUUUACAGAAUCUUUGAGUCUGAAGGAUUAAAUAUUUUUACCAACUCAAAAAUCCACAAGCCACAUUUUUGUCAGCUGCCUCAGGUAUAUAAUGAAGCGCCUAUUGCCUAUAGUGUACCCACCUUAGCUGUGGGACACGGUGCAAUGGCACCUUAUCCUUCUAUGAUGACAAGAGAAUACUUUUCAGUUGAGGAAGUAAGAGAGACAGUCCGGAAGUAUUUCCCUGAAACCUGGAUCUGGGACUUGGUGCGACUUGAUUUAUCAGGUAGCAGUGAGCUGGCAAUGAAGGUCCCUGACACCAUUACAGAGUGGAAGGCCAGCGCACUCUGCUUGUCUGGAACAACAGGGCUUGGCCUCUCCCCCAUCAUCUCUCUUCAAGUCUUCCAGCCCUUCUUCCUAGAACUCACUCUUCCCUACUCUGUGGUGCGAGGAGAAGUCUUUGCACUCAAAGUCACUGUGUUCAACUAUUUGUCCUACUGCAUUCGGGUCAGCGUGCAACUCGAAGACUCUUCUGCCUUCUUGGCUGUCCCAGUUGAGAAGAAUGAAGAAUCUCACUGUGUCUGUGGAAAUAGGCAGAAAACUUUAUCCUGGGCCGUGACCCCAAAGUCACUGGGAAAGGUGAAUUUCACAGCUACUGCGGAAGCCUUGCAGUCUCAGGAAUUGUGUGGCAAUGAGGCACCUAAAGUCCCAGCACUUGGGCAGAAGGAUACUGUAGUCAAGCCCUUACUAGUUGAGCCUGAAGGAAUAGAAAAAGAAGAAACUUUCAACACACUCCUCUGUGCAUCAGAAACUGGAGUACCUGAAAAGUUGUCACUAAAAGUACCUUCAAAUGUGGUUGAAGGAUCUGCCAGGGCAACAUAUUCAGUUUUGGGUGAUAUACUAGGCUCUGCAAUGCAAAAUCUUCAGAAUCUUCUCCAGAUGCCUUACGGUUGUGGAGAGCAAAAUAUGGUCCUUUUUGUCCCUAACAUCUAUGUUCUGAACUAUCUGAAUGAGACACGACAGCUGACAGAGAAGGUCAAGUCCAAAGCCAUAGGCCACCUCAUCAGUGGGUACCAAAGACAGUUGAAUUAUAAGCACAACGAUGGUUCAUACAGCACCUUUGGGGAUCAUGAUGGUAGAAGACAGGGAAACACUUGGCUCACUGCAUUUGUGCUCAAGUCCUUUUCUCAAGCCCGGUCAUAUAUCUUUGUGGAGGACUCACACAUCCUGAAUUCCCUCACCUGGCUCUCACAGAAGCAAAAGGAAAAUGGUUGUUUCCAGCACUCUGGAUCACUGCUAAACAAUGCUAUUAAGGGUGGAGUAGAUGAUGAGGUAACGCUCUCUGCCUACAUCACCAUUGCUCUGCUGGAGAUGCCACUGCCUGUCACUCACCCGGUUGUCCGCAAUGCUCUCUUCUGCCUGGAAAAUGCCUGGGGAUCCACCUCAGAGACCCAGGGAAGUCUUGUCUAUACCAAAGCAUUGUUAGCCUAUGCCUUUGCCCUAGCAGGAAACCAUGCCAAGCGCAGUGCGCUGCUUGAGUCACUGGACAAAGAGGCUGUGAAAGAAGAGGACUCAAUCCACUGGCAACGUCCCAGGAAACUUCAAGAAGAUAAGUCACUCUAUUAUCAACUCCGGGCUCCUUCUGCUGAAGUGGAGAUGACAUCUUACUUGCUCCUUACCUAUCUUACUGCCCAGCCUGCCCCAUCUUCAGAAGACCUGUCUGUAGCCUCACGUAUUGUGAAAUGGAUCACUAAGCAGCAAAACCCCAAUGGAGGCUUCUCCUCCACUCAGGAUACGGUGGUAGCUCUCCAAGCACUGUCCAAAUAUGGAGCAGCAACUUUCACUAAAAGAGAGAAAGCAGCUACAGUCACUGUCAAGUCUUCAAAGACCUUCUCAGAAGAAUUUCUAGUAGAUGAUGCCAAUCGCCUAUUGCUUCAGGAGGUUCCAUUGCCAGAGAUUCCAGGGGAGUACAGCACAACGGUGUCGGGGUCAGGAUGUGUAUAUCUCCAGACAUCCCUGAGAUAUAACAUCCUGCCUAAGAAAGAAAGGAAAGUUCCCUUUGAUCUACAUGUUCAUACUCUUCCCAAGAAUUGUGAUGGAAUAGAUUCUCACAAGAAAUUCCAGAUUCACAUCAAUAUUAGUUAUACUGGGGAACGCCCCAGCUCCAACAUGGUCAUUGUCGACGUGAAGAUGGUAUCAGGCUUCAUACCUGUGAAACCAUCAGUGAAAAAGCUCCAAGCCAGGCCUCAGAUUCAAAGGACUGAAGUGAACACCAACCAUGUCCUGAUUUACUUUGACAAGAUAACCAAACAAGCCCUGAGUUUUUCCUUCUCAGUGGAACAGGACAUCCAAGUAGGGAAUUUAAAACCAGCUAUAGUAAAAGCCUAUGAUUAUUAUGAGACAGAGGAAUUCACCAUUGAAGAGUACAGUGCUCCCUGCAGUACUGGUAAAGUAUAA